UUCUAUUUUUAUCUCUGCAGGUAACCUUCAUCGUCAUGCUGCUGCGAUUAUGCAGUCUGUGUAUGAUGCUCGCCACACUUGCAGUAUAUAUGCUCCAAUCAGUAGAAGCAAAUCUGGCAUUGGCAACGAACAGCAGGAAGGCGCUGAAUGAUCCAUUCGAAUUCGACCUUUACGAUGAGCCCACUGAAUCCGACGAUGCAUUUUCCCGCAUGGCGACCUUAUGCGCACGACUACAGAAGAGACAACCCGGGAGCCGGGACAGGAAAGCGGCCCCGCUGAGAUCUCUUUCAGUCACCAUGGACUGGGUUCCUUGUUCACGUCAGGCAACAUUCACAGCCACUGUGCUAUCUACCGUGUCAAUAAUUGUGGUGAUAAUAGGGCUGCCAAUUAUGCAUAUGCAUAUUCAAAGGAUCACCUCCAACAUGCUGAGUGAGGUAGAGAUGUGCAAGGGAGAGUCGAAAGAUAUCUGGAAACAAAUGUCGUUUUCAAAACCAGGAAAUGUCAUAACAAAACGACAAACUCCUUAUGGUAACUAUGGUGCUGUUCCAGCUGGGGCAUGCUGCGCAUGCACUCAAGGACCUCCAGGCCCUCGUGGUCCACCAGGGGAAGAUGGAGCUCCAGGAGUGGACGGAUUCCCCGGGAGAGGAGGACUAAAUGGACGCAAUGGAAAAUAUCUGCCAGCGCCACCACCGGGCACAAACUCUUGCCAGAAAUGCCCACCAGGACCACCUGGACCUCCAGGGCUUCCAGGUCCAAAAGGACCACGUGGAGAAAUGGGAAAAGCCGGAACAGCUGGCAGACCAGGAGAGGACAACAGACCCGGUCCUCCAGGCCCACCUGGAAUUCGUGGAGAACCUGGUCCACCUGGCGAAAAAGGACCAACCGGCGAUAGAGGAAAAGUUCUGAAUGGGGCACCUCCGGGCCCGCCGGGACCUGCAGGAAAGGUUGGUCCCCGCGGUCCUCCUGGAAGCAAAGGACACGACGGAAAACCGGGAUUGCCUGGAACCCAAGGAAUUCGCGGAGCAGUCGGUACCCGAGGCGACGCUGGCAAUCCUGGCCUGCCCGGGCCUCAAGGACCAAAAGGAGAGCCGGGAUUGCCCGGAUCAUGCUCGCAUUGUGAAAAUCGUGGAGUUGAAGCUACAAAAACCACCCACACUCGUCCAAAAGGCGCUUAUCAAGAAAGCCCUACCGAUCGUCAAGAUUUCCUAUGGAUUCAUUGAUCUGCUAACUUGACCGCAGCUAUUUGCUGAAAAUUUGAGUG